AAAUCUGAAAAAUACAUGAAUUGCACUGUUAACCUAACAUUUUGUUGUCAAUUUGUUUGACAAAUAUAAAAUUUACUUGCAAAAACACAAUAAAUAUAUAUUAAUGGCUGCUUUUCACAAACUUGUGUUAAGUCUGGGAUUUCUAUCCAUGUUUCAUGCAGCGUAUUCAGCAGCACAGCAUCGCUCCUAUUUAAGACUAAAUGAACUAGACUUCACAGGCUUGCCCUCUGAUAUAUUCCUUCAGGCAUUACUUAGUCUCCUCAUUAUAAUGUAUGGGGUAUUGAAUGUUGCUGGCAACUUCAAGGAGAUUAAAGCUUCAGCAGAUUUAGACAGUAAAUCUUGGGAGACUUUCCGAAAUAUUCCGUCUUUUUACACAUUUUCCCAUCGAGGAAAAUCGUUUGCUGCAUAAAACAACCUAUCUAGGUAUUUAUUAAUUAAAUAAAUUAAGUCAAAGCUUGAGCAACCUGAAAUCCGAUUUGUAUGUUUCAAUAAACACUCAUUUUUUAA